UAACAUAGGCACAGUCAACAAUUGGGAUUUUAUUGUCGACCAUGAAAAUUCAAUUAAAAAUUCAUACGCAUAAAUUUCUUAUUUGCAGCAAACAAUCGAGACCGCUACAUAAUAUAAUCAUAUACUCGUAUUUAAUUUAAAUUGCUUCAGGCUCUGUGAACAUAGUUAAUAUGUGUGCUUUUGGAAAAGGAUUUUACUAUUGCGUAUUACUUUUAUGUAGUGUGUAUCAAAAUAUGUUUUAAUAAAAUAUAAUUGCAAUAGUUACUGAAUUCAUAAAAAUCCAGGCCGAUAGAAAUUUUAAUAGUGCUGUGGAGUGCAUGAUGGCGCGCGAGUGCAGGGCGCGCUGCUCGCGCACGCUCGCGCCGGUGUGCGCGCUGGUGGCCGUCGGCGCGGCGCGCGACCUCCGCCUCUACACCAACGAUUGCCAUCUCAAUAAAAUACGGUGCAUCCUGAAUAAUUACCUCAAAGUUACAGUUAAGCGACUUCCUGGUUACGUUUGUGGUGUAGAAAAGCCAGUGGCGGUAACGGGCGGCAGACGUUUCAUCGACCACACUAUAGUGGGCAGCAGAAACUUCUGCAACCACACGUGUCCCACACACUGCACUGACAUCUACGAACCGGUGUGCGCCAUGAUCUGGGACCAGAAUGUUAAGAACCGGGGAACCCAUGUUUUGGUCAACCACUGCCAUGCUGACUUGCUGUCUUGUUCAUUACAACUGACUGUCCAGAUUCAGACUAUUGACUAUUGCUUAGGGGCAAUGACUCAGUUUGCCUAUAAUGCAAUGUCACAGGCCGCUGCUAUGAAACAACUGGGGCUUAUUACCGUUUGAUUAUUAUUAUAUGAUGAAUUGUUAUU